AUGUCGAUGCCGGUGUCCAUGUCCGGGAAGGCGAGCGACCCGGGUUCCGCCUGGUUCGGCGGCGGCAGCAGGAGCCCGCAACCGGGGCCGACACACAACGUGCGGCUCAUCGCCAUGGCCGUCGCCGCGUUCGUCUCCGUGCUCGGCCUCUCCCUGCUCCUGCACCUCUACAUCUGCCGCGUCCGCCGCAGGAACCGCAGGCAGGCGGAGGCAGCCGCGGCCGCGCUGGAGGCCGGCUCGGCGGCCCCCAAGCCGGCCAAGGUCGGGCUGGACCCGUCGGCCAUCGCGGCGCUGCCGACCGCGGCGUACAAGGAGACGGGCGAGCCGGGCAGCGGCGCAAGCGAGUGCACCAUCUGCCUCGGCGCCAUGCAGGAGGGCGAGGCGGUGCGCGUGCUGCCGGCCUGCGCGCACGUGUUCCACGUCCCCUGCGUCGACACGUGGCUCGCGUCCAGCUCGUCGUGCCCGGUCUGCCGUGCCCUGGUGGAGCCGCCACCGUCGCCGGCCGCGCCAGCCUGGGUGCAGGAGAAGCAGGGCCUGGAGAAGGAGUGUGCUGCAAGUGGGAGCUCGGCGCCGCCGUGUGGGCUCGGCGCGUCGCUGAUGAGGAUGCUGAACAGGGAGAGGCCGCUGGCGCGGAGGCUGACGCAGGGUGACCACGCGCACCCGAUGGAAAUGCAUGUCGAGGACCUGGAGAGUCAGCACCCCCAGCAGCAACACUCUGUGGAUACCAAUUAG